GUUACCGGUCUCAAAACCCUGAUUUGAAUCACAGAAUUAGUGUAGGGUUUGUUGAAUUACUACAACUUUGAUACAAAUUACGAGAGCUUCUAGAGGAAUUCUAAUAUGUGGUAUUGGGUUCUCCUAAUUAACGCAGCCCUUAUGUAAACUCUAGAACUUUCCUCUCCGAUGUAAGAACAAAUGGGAGAAGAGAAGGAAGCCACGUUGAGUUCACUCAGCGAAGGACUCGCUCCCCGUGACCAGGACGAUGUCCCCAAAUCUCCUCCUCACUCACCCAAUUCCUUCACUUGCAAGAAUGCCGAAGCAAGUAGUAGUGAAGCCACUCAAAGGCCUAGAAAGCAGGACACAUUCCAGGAUGUCACGCCAAACACAACCAUAACUGCUGCAUCUAGUAGUGGAAAUGAGAAGAAGGCAAGUGGUAAAAGGCUCAGAAAGGACACAUCUCAGGAUGCCAUGCCAAGCUCAAUAACAACUGAUGCAUCUAGCGGAGAAAAUGGGAAGAAAGCAGUUGUCCAAAGAGAAGCAAAUCUAUUUCAUAUGCUUAUUCAUUGAAAUAAGGCUUUUGAACCUCAGGGAAUUUUGCUCAUUCAUGUUCCUGCUUUAGUGAACAUGAAAAGUUUAACAAUAGGCACGGUUCAGUUUUUGCAUAAUGCGUUUGAUCAUGAUAAUUAGCAUGCUGAAGUUGUUCUUUAUUUAAAGUUUUUUUUUUUUGUAUUUAAUGAAAAUGUCAUGGUAAA